AUGAAUUUUUCAUUGGAAAACGCACAUAAUUGUUUUCUUCCCCGAAAUCAUGGCAUUGGACUAAUUACCAUCAACGCCAUCGUUAGCGUACUAGGUUUACUUGGUAACUUACUGGUUUGUAUGGCAAUUGUCAUAAGUCCUCGUCUUCGACGAAGCUCGUACUAUCUUCUUUUCAGCUUAGCAAUCGCUGAUUUGAUUGUCACCAUGGUAUGUGAACCUCUGUAUCUGGAAAGUCUCCUCAAGAGAACAUUUUUUAACGAGUGCGCAACAAGUUUGGAGAUUCCGUACACCAUUUUAUCUACUCUUUCUUGCUCGGCUUCAGUAUUUCAUUUGGCCGCCAUCAGUUUUGAUCGUCUAAUCGCCGUCGUCUUCCCCAUACGCCACGAACACUUAAUGAACAAGUGCGGAGUAAGAAUUUUGUUGAUAAUAUCAUGGGCAUUCCCAAUUUCAAUUCCCAUUUUGAUUUUUGUCCUUCCACCUUCCUUUCCCCAAGGCUUCACAGCCAUGGGAACAUUCGCGUUUUGUUAUUUUGUUAUCAUACUUUCAUACACCCUGAUCGUUGUAUUUCUGCUCAUCUACAAGAAGAAAAGAAGGCAGAUGAAAGCUGGAACAGUUUCUGUGAAUAUGACUGCCCGCACAGAGGUCCGUGUUGCCGUCAUGCUGGCCUUUGUGAUCGGUGUUUUCACGGCUUGUUGGGUGCCUGUGAUGACCGCGAUGUUUGCGAGUAGUAAACCACUCAUGAAACGAAAUGGCCCUCUACACAUGUGGCUCCGGACCUUGUCUCUUUCAAACUCAGCUAUGAAUUUUUUCAUUUACUCUGCAGUAAUCAGGGAUUUCCGUGAUGCAUAUGCUGGUAUCUUUCGAAAAAUGUUUCGCCUAUGA